AUGACGGAAUUUUUCGGUUCUUGGAGCGACAGCCACGAUGUUGAGGAGGUGGAAGAAACUGUUGAAACAGUGACCACAACCACAACAAGGAGAAAAACUGUAGCUCCUGAUAAGUCGUCCAGUACAAAGACGACAACAAUGACGACGCCGGCCAAGCUUUAUGGACGCGAGCUGUCGGCGUACGAUGAGGUUGACGUUGAUGAGUUGCUGUCCAAGUUGUCACAAGAGGAACUCACCAUGUUGGCCAAAGAAGUUGAUCCAGAUGACAACUUUCUCCCUCCCUCGCAACGGAAUAACUAUGCGUGCGAGAAGGACCCCACCGGCCCCCUCAACAGGAAGAAAUUAAUCGAACACAUUAACAAGCAAGCCUUAGAAACACCCGAUAGGCCAGAAGUCAAACCAUAUGUUCCUGGCGUUGUAAGGGGUAAAAAGUGGAUUCCACCACCACCUCCUGAGAAAGUCCGUGAUGCUGAAGAGCAAAUCACUAUAGAUCUGGGAGAUGAAUAUGAACAAGCACUCACCAGCGCCUCCCAGGAGGAAAUCAUUGAUCUUGCAGCUAUCUUGGGUUUCCAUUCUAUGAUGAAUCAAGAUCAAUACCACGCCUCUCUACUGAACAAAGGCCAGCCAGUGGGGCUCGGCUGGGACGGUAUAACCAAGGCUUCUAAACCCAAGGUGUAUCCAAUGGAUCCUCCCAACGACACAGACCCAGAUAAAACCAUUGAUAGGGUCAAACAGAAUGAUCAGACGUUCCUUGAUCUCAAUUGGAAUAAUAUUAAGAAUAUAAGUGACGAGAAAUUCGAAAAACUAUUUGAGAGUCUCAAAACUAACACGCAUUUGGAGGUAUUGUCGCUAGUGAAUGUCGGUCUCAACGACCGUACCGCCCAAUUAUUGGCUGAUGCUUUGGAAGUCAACAGUACGCUGCGUGUUGUUAACGUAGAGACUAACUUUAUAAGCCCGGCGGGAGUGGUUCAGUUGGUGAAGGCUCUGCUCACUACUACUAGCGUUGAAGAGUUCCGCGCUUCAAACCAGCGGUCGCAAGUCCUGGGCAAUAAGACGGAGAUGGAGAUCACGCGGCUGGUGGAGCAGAACCCUACGCUGCUGCGGCUUGGAUUGCAUCUAGAGUACAGCGACGCUCGCCACCGGGUCGCUUCUCACCUGCAGCGGAACAUCGACAGAAGUGAGUACACGUGUUCACGCCGUGACGAUUGCCGAUUACAAAAGCGGGCUAGCGUAUCGCUAAGCUUGCGUUUGCCGCGCGGUCGUCCGCCGCCAGUCGGGGUCGACUCUAGCUUCUUCAACCUAACGCCACCUAGCGCUGAGACACCAACACCGACGAGCGAGCGAAGAAUUAACGAUAAACCUAUAAUGGAAACCGAUAAUGACAACGAUUUACCUAAUGCGAGGACGCCAGACAUAGACCCCGCUACCCACUUUUCAGAUUCUUUAACAACCUGCAAAAAGGGGCGCGUAUACGCCAACAACGCCGGAGCCAGAGCGGCGCUUAGAAUUCUAAACGACAUAUGGUGGAAGGGUCCGGCGCGUGAGCCUGUUCACUCGCAGCCCCAGCUACGUUGUUGGCUGGAUCCAUUAGUCCAUCAAUAUUCUGUCACGCUCUUUGUCACUAGAUGA